AUACACGUGUCCCAUUAGGACAAGCUGCAGAGCAAGUCAGAUACUGUGAGCACUCCACCUGAGCAAAGAAUCUACUACCACCUAGCUAGGUACUGGGGACCAAUGGCUUCUUUUGCUCUCUCCUUUGGAUGGAAAUGUCUAGGAAGGAGGCUCAGACAGAUGAUGGUGGUCCUUUUUCUCCUGGCCUGUCUUUGGGGCAUAGUUUGGAGCACGGCAACUCCAGAGGCAGACCAACCCGAGAUCCGGCUCAUUAAUGGUUCAAGUCGCUGUAGUGGGAGAGUUGAGGUGGUGCAUAAUGGAGUGUGGGGUACAGUCUGUGAUGACAGCUGGGGCAUUGAGGAAGCCCGGGUAGUCUGCCGGCAACUUGGCUGUGCAGCUGCAAUAAGUGCAACACGGAACGCACAUUUUGGAAGAGGAGAAGGUCGCAUCUGGCUGGAUGAAGUCCGGUGCACAGGGACUGAAUCAGCCCUCAGUCAAUGUCCAGCAAGGCCUUGGGGAGAAAAUGACUGCCACCAUGGAGAAGAUGCUGGUGUUGUCUGCUCAGAGGUGAGGCUGAUGGGUGGUUCAACUCCCUGUACUGGCAGAGUCGAGAUACUCCACAACCAAAGAUGGGGAACAGUGUGCAACAACGGCUGGGAUGUAAAUGAUGCACGUGUUGUGUGCCGGGAAGUAGGCUGUGGAGAAGCUUUGGCAGCAGAUAGUGCAGCUAAAUUUGGACAAGGAUCUGGUCCUGUCUGGAUGGAUCAAGUGAACUGCACUGGGGAAGAAGGCAGCUUAAGGGAAUGCCCACCAAAAACCUUGGUGGAACACAGAUGUGACCACAGCAAGGAUGCGGGUGUGGAAUGUUCAGAACCACCUGAGAUCAGAUUAGCAAAUGGCCCCAGCAAAUGUUCUGGAAGAGUGGAGAUACUUCAUGAGAAACUCUGGGGUACUGUUUGCGAUGAUGACUGGGACCUUGAUGACGCCAAGGUUGUUUGUCAGUAUUUGGGCUGCGGAACUGCUAUCUCAGCCCCACGGGGGUCUCGUUUUGGGCAAGGAGUAGGUCCAAUAUGGCUGGAAGGUAUUAACUGCACAGGAAGUGAGACUGCAAUCAGCAAGUGCCUAGCAAAACCAUGGGGAGAACAUGACUGCACCCACACAGAAGAUGCAGGCGUUGUGUGUGCAGAACUACGUCUAGUGGGUGGCACAAGUCGAUGUUCAGGAAGGGUUGAGGUGUAUCACAACCAACAAUGGGGCACAAUUUGUGACAACAGCUGGGAUUUAAACGAUGCCCACGUGGUGUGCAGAGAACUGGACUGUGGAAGAGCUACAAAUGCAUAUGGAGGAUCACGCUUUGGUCAAGGAUCUAAUACCAUAUUUUUAGACCAAGUGAACUGCACAGGAAAAGAAGCCUUUUUGAGUGAAUGCCAAAAACGGCCCUGGGGAGAGCAUAGCUGUAACCACAACAGGGAAGCAAGUGUGGAGUGUUCAGACCCAAAUGAGGUCAGACUGGUGAACGGAACAAGCCGCUGUGCUGGGAGAGUUGAGGUGCUCCACAACCAGCAGUGGGGAACGGUGUGCGAUGAUGGCUGGGAUCUGAGCAGCGCCCAAGUUGUGUGCAGGGAACUUGGCUGUGGUGUUGCCUUGUCUGCCCCACGAUCAGCUACCUUUGGAAGAGGGUCUGAUCCCAUCUGGCUGGAUGAUGUCAAAUGCAAGGGGACAGAAGCUGCUCUCAGAGACUGUCGUCUAAAAUCUUGGGGAGAACAUAACUGCAACCAUGGAGAAGAUGCUGGUGCUGUUUGUUCAGAACUCAGGUUGGUAAACGGCUCAACUCGCUGCUCAGGGAGAGUGGAGAUAUUCCAUGACCAGCAAUGGGGGACUGUGUGUGAUGACCGCUGGGGACCUAAACAUGCUGAGGUUGUCUGCAGGGAGCUUGGCUGUGGUGUCGCUAUAAAAGCUCACACAAAAGCUUCCUUUGGACAGGGGACGGGGCCCAUCUGGCUGGAUGAUGUAAACUGUCAAGGAACAGAAGCUUUCCUCAGAGAGUGCACAGCCAGCAGCUGGGGACACAAUAACUGCAAUCAUGGAGAAGAUGCUGGGGUUGAGUGUGCAGACCCAGUGGAACUGAGGGUAGUUAAUGGCUCACAUCGGUGUUCCGGAAGAGUAGAGGUGUUUCACCUCCAGCAGUAUGGAACUGUCUGUGAUGACAACUGGGACAUAAAUGAAGCCAUAGUUGUGUGCAGGUACCUUGGUUGUGGAACAGCCUUAUCCGCCACCCGUGGGGCUCGAUUUGGACGUGGAAAUGAUCCUAUCUGGAUGGAUGAUGUGGAUUGUGCAGGAACAGAAACAACCCUGUCUUCUUGUACAGCCAAGCCCUGGGGAAGCAAUGAUUGCAAUCAUGGUGAAGAUGCUGGUGUCAUAUGUUCAGAGAAUCUCAGGCUGGUCAAUGGUUCAAAUCGCUGCAGUGGGAGAGUUGAGAUCCGGACAUCCCACAGCGAUGAAUGGGGAACUGUAUGUGACCGCACGUGGGACCUAAAUGAUGCUUCAGUUGUGUGCAUGCAACUGGGCUGUGGAACAGCAGCAUCAGCUCCAGGUGGAGCUCAUUUUGGACGUGGAUCAGGUUCCAUCUGGUUGGAUGACAUCAACUGCAAAGGCAAUGAAAAUGCCAUCCAUGAAUGCCGAGCAAACUUUCAGGGGACAAAUGAUUGUAAUCAUGGACAAGAUGCAGGAGUUGUUUGUUCAGCAUCACCCACCCUCAAUGUGGGGAAUAUCAGACUGGAAGAUGGUCCACACUCCUGUGCCGGAAGGGUUGAGGUUUUCCACCAGCAGCAGUGGGGAACGGUGUGUGACGAUGGAUGGGGGCUCCCAGAUGCCAACGUUGUGUGUAAGCAGCUGGGCUGUGGCAUUGCUUUGGAGGCCCCCCAUGGGGCACAUUUUGGAAGAGGUCCAGGCCCCAUUGUUCUGGAUGAUGUGAACUGCACAGGGUCAGAAAGAGCUCUCAAAGAUUGCGGUGGCCGUUCUGUGGGAGAACAUGACUGUGACCACGCAGAGGACGCUAGCGUGGUAUGUUCAGGUCAAAUUGAGGUCCGAUUGGCUGGUGGUCCCAAUUCCUGCAGUGGCCGGGUGGAGUUCAAUCACAAUGGCACUUGGGUUUCAAUUGGUGACUCUGGCUGGGGGCUCCAAGAAGCCAUGGUCAUAUGUCGCCAACUAGACUGUGGUUUAGCAUUGUCUGCGCCAACAGGCAAUAAAUAUGGCGUGGGUGUUGGCCAAGCCAUACUGGAUGAGGUGGACUGCACUGGAUCAGAAUCAAGUCUCACUGAAUGCAAGGCUGUGCCCACAGGACCCCAUAAGUGCGUCUGUGGCUCCUAUGCAGGAGCAGAAUGUCAGGGGUCAUCAGGUUCUGGGAUAGUUGCUGCAGUGAUUCUGAGCCUCUUAGCUGUUGUCCUAAUAAUUGUUGGGGUUCUGUUCUACCUGAGGAAAAAGAGAGGGAAAUUGUUUACUGUCAAUCCCUUUGGUCACAAAAGAGAAGCAUUCAUGGAAAAUAUUACAGUAGGAUCAGAUAUGGUAAAUGGGAUUCGGGAAAUGUAUAUGCGGGGAAGAGAGCAAAUUGCACCAGAGGCAGACCGUGAAGGUGACACCAUUUGCCUGGUGAAAAACACCUCUGAGCCUUCUGCAGAGCACACUGACUGAGGAAGGAGUGAUGGCUCAGAUACUGAGCAGAGAUGAGGCCUUAUCCAUGCCACCAGCUUUUUUGUUAUUACAGUGAAUGUUUGGAAACUAGUUAUGUUUUUGCUGGGAUCUUUGGGAACAUAGAGAUAUCCCAGUUUCUGGGAGUACGAAAAGGAAAUGAGUCUCAUUAAGCCGGAACAGAAGAAAACAAAACAGAAGUCCUUUGGAAUAUCCAUGAAGCUGAAGCUUUUAAGGGAUGGGACUUUGGAAAAUUUGUUUCCCAGCCAUGCCUUUCUUGCCACAAUUCAUGCAACAGUACAUGCUUCCCUGCUAUAUGUAUGAGAGAGCAUAUAUUUACCUACUAGACUCCAAGACCCAGAAAUCAUGCCUCCUGCUGCUCCUAAUUCACUUGCAAGAUUGUUGUCUUUUUCCAAUGCAAGGGGAAGAAGUUUCAGACAACUGCCUUUCAACAUGAAAAUAAUGUUAGACUUCUUCAUAUCCCACCUCCAUUUCCAUUUGUACAUUAAAGUAAGACAGAGUGAUAUGUAGCUAUGUAUGCUCUAUUAUUCUACUGCUUUAUUAUGUCUGAGUAAAUUUGUCACACAUCUAAAGGGUUUAACUGAUAAGAAAAAAUAUAUAAUUGCUUACUGAGUAAACAUUGAUACUAAGCUAGAAAGAUAUUAAUCUUGCAACCAAUACUCUUCAUGCCUACGGAGAAGAAAGUACAUUUUGUUUUAAUAUGUCUUUUUCUCUAACAGGUAUAGUUAGGAUUGCAGCCUUAAUGUGGAAGGAAGGCACAAAAAAUGUAUCAAUCCCUGUUCCUCUUUGUGAAUCUAGUUCUGUUACCAACAUAAUCACUCUUCCUUCUCUAUCACAAAGAAGAGCAGCAAGAUUGCACAUUUAACUUGUAGUUACUGAAGAUAAAUGUAGGCUGUAUGUAGACAUGCAUCAUUUCAGUAGAGAGCCAACUGUAGAACUUCACUCACUUUUCUUUUGAUACUUAAAUUCAAGGCACUCUGUUCUGGAUUAGAAGAGAAAUUGGAUUUGUAGAGAGCACUUACUGGUCAGCCUUAUACCCAUCAUAAAGCAAAUAUUUUUUCUUAGAGCUGGAAUGUGCAGCAUUGAAGGGAUAGCUGUUGUGCUUGUCAUGAUGAAACUACUGUCCUUUCUUAACGGAGAUUUCCAAGUUUAAGUAGACAAGGAAAAAUAAAAACCUUUCCAAACAAACAACGAACCACUGAACCAUUAGUGGGGAUAAAUACAAUGCAUGUUUUGGGGAAAUAGACCAAUAUGAAGCCAAACAUCUCACUCUAAGUUCAAGAGAUGGAGAAACCUUUGGUCUAAAGGCUGUAAAUGUGACUGUUGGGGAGUAAAAGUGUAUGGGUGUCACCCAGUACACUGAAAAGCAACAAAACACAUGUGUUCCACUUUGGAAAUACAUCUGUACAUAAUUCUUUAGCCCCAUUAUUUUGAAGAACACACAAGUGAAACAGUCCUUUUAAUGCAAGUCCUUUAAAGAAAAAAAAUUGUAGGAUUUUUGGCUAUGAAACAUACCCAGUUCUUAGUAAAGACAAAUUUGACUAAGUUGAUGAUUCAAAUGAUUUAAGACUUCACACUUUAGAAAUUAUUGCAUAUGCACAAUUUAGCAGAAACAAGAUGCAUUGGUCCAGGGGAUUGUUGUUUGUGCAUAGCAUAGCAUGGUGCACAGUUCACAACCUGUUCCACAGGAGUAGGACUCAUGGAGUUUUUCCACUAUUGUUGUAUCUGUUCUGCUUCUCCUUGCCACCCCCCAGUUCUAUGGCUUUUUGAAUUUACAAAGAGUAUGAGGUCAUAAAGGUUUAAGAAUAAAAGAAUUAAACAAGAAAAAUAAGAAUUAUACUCUGAGGAAUCUUUUAAUAUUGUUGCUGUUAGUUUCUACCAUAGUUUAGGAAUAUGUUAUGAAGGAAUUCAUACUCCCAGAGUAUAAACUUAGGGAGCUGCCUCACUACAGAUUUAAUGCAGUUUGACACCACUUUAUCUGUCAUGACUCCAUCCUAUGGGAUCCUGGGAUUUGUAGUUUGUUGUGGCACCCAAGCUCUCUGACAGAGAUGGCUAAAUGUCUCAUAAAACCACAAACCCUAGAAAUCCAUAGCAUUGAGCCAUGGCAGUUAAAGCAGUGUCGAACUGCAUCCAAUGUGAUGAAGAGUCUGGGUAAGGUGGAUGGCUGGAGAUGGCAUCAGCAUGAUGAUGAAAGCAGCUGUGUGAAGGGUUCAAAAUGAAGGAGACUCUCUGGAGAUGCUCCCCCACACAUCUCUGUAUAUGUCUCUGUUGCUUUCCCCCUUUGCCUGUAUUUAACCUUUUCCUAACUUGGGGGCUGUCACUUGGAAUAAAGGAGAUGCCUCUGGUUGGGGCAUGACCUCACUAUUGUUCUAUGGAGAGUUCAAAAAUAAAACCAUGUGUUUAGAGUGA